AUGUUGUUAUUGUUUUUAAUACUAGUUGUUACGGUGAAUGCGCAGAGUGUCAGAAAGGUGCAUCUUGGGUUUCCAGAAGCAUGGGACGGUGACAAAUACAAGGAAUUGUAUUGUCCUUCCAAGAACAUACCCAAGUUUUUAGGUAAUAGUUUUAAAAAAAUUGUGAAAACUUUCUUUACAAAACAUAAAAUGGCAAGAACUUUCUUUACAAAACAUAAAAUUGCAAGAACUUUCUUUACAAUAUGAAAAAUGGCAAGAACUUUCUUUACAAAUCAAAAAAUGGCAAGAACUCUUUUUAUAAGCAAAAAAAAAAUAAACAAUGUAAAAACUACCCCUAAUUUAAAAAUUUUAGACGGCUAUUUCCUAUGCCAACUCUCCGCCUCAUACGGCAGCCAUAGUGCACCAGCCGGCCGCAAACUGUCCCACAUGAUAGACGCCAUUGGUGCAGUUGGGGCCUUCCACAUUUCCAACGGCCAAGUCACCUUCACCGCCCAAUAUUACCCCGCCCGACCCUACAAAAUCUGGGAAUUCUACGACCGUAACAUGACCAAAGCUACCGUACCCUGGGCGGGCUGGUCCGACUACAAUCUAACGGCUAUGUCAAAAUGGGACCAGGUACCGCCCAACGAAAACUCGGCACGAUUCCACCCCAACCUCGACUUUUGGCGGGUUGGAAACAAAGUUAUUGCGGGAACGGAGGCACCGUACUGGGUUGGGUACGAGUUCGAUGUGAAGAGUUUGACCAAUUUCAAACUUUUCCCGUUUAUCGAGGAAAAUGACGUUUUCGGCAACCCUAUGCCUAACAUGAUACCUAUUAGCAUGGCUAUUCAUGAGAGGAGAGAUAGUGAUGGUACUAUUUGGGGCAGCUUCUCGGCUAUGAAUUUUAAUGAGCAGAAGUUCUAUCAGGUAAGGUUGGGUGGAAGGUUGGGUAGGGUUGGACAGGAUAAGGUGAGGGUAGGGCAGGGUAGAGUAAAGUAAAGUAGAGUAAGAUAGGGUGGGGUAAAGUAGAGUAAGGUAGGGUAAAGUAAGGUAAGGUAAAGUAGGGUACGGCAGAGAGGGGUAAAGUAAAUCAGAGUAAGAUAGGGUAGGACAAGAUAGGGUAGAGUAAAUUAGGGAAAGAUAGAGUGGGGUAAAGUAGAGUAGGGUAAAGUCAGGUAAGGUAAAGUAGGGUACGGCAGGGUGGAAAAAAAAAUUAAAAAUAUAAAAGUUUGAAAAAAUAUUUAUACGUUUUAUAUUAUAUUACUGUAGGACACAUAAGUUUAAAAUUUUUUUUUGAAAUUUUGAAGUUUUAAAAAAUUUUUAAAAAUUUUAAAAAAUGAAAAAGAAAAUCAUUUUUUGACUUAAAUUUUACAAAAUUCAAUCUUUUUGCGUUUAAAUCAUGUUUUUGCAAUUUUAAAAUUGAUUUUUUUAAAUUUUUAAAAAAUUUUUUAAUUUGAAAUAAUGAAAAAAAAUAAUUGUUUAGCCUAAUUUUUACGAAAAUCAUAUUUAUUUUAAUUUUUUUGCAUCAAAAUCAUGUUUUUAAAAUUUUAAAAUUGAUUUUUCAAAUUUUUAAAUUUGUUUUUUUUUUAAAUUUCAAAGCCUUUUUCAAACUUUUUUAACCCCCUUUCACCUUCAGGGCAUCUUCACCGUCGACGACAGCGGAAUCCGUCGUGUUGUGGGCAUGUUCGACUACGGGGCAUGGGACGCGAAUGCUUGUGGGAAGGACGACGAAUACAUAGGUAACCCCAUCCUUCAAUCGUAUUUUUAGCCGCGCACGUUUUUAAUUCGCAUUUCGAUUAAAACGAAAUUUGAGAUAACACACGCACCGAUCUGAGACAUCCGAUUUUAUAUAUACCCUGAGGAUAUUUGAGUCGAUAUGGCUUUGGAAAGGUCGAUAUUGGUUUGGGAAUUGAAAAUCAAUUUUUUGAAAAAUUUUAAAAAUGAAAAAAUAUUUAAGAAUACAAAUUAAAAUAAAUUUAAAACAUCAUUACACGUCAUCUAAAGCAAUAAAAAGAUCAAAAAUUCAAAAACUUCAAAAAUUUUCCGAUAUUACACUCCAAAUCCACCUCCUUUUAGCCUUUAACACCUCAAAACUCUUCCAUUUUCAUCAAUCUAUGCCUAAAAGUUCUUAAAAAAUCUUUUCAGGAGACAAAACUUUACUACCAGGAUAUAUUCAUUCUAUAACAACAACACAAAACUAUGUUAUACUGCCCAUAACUUCGUUGCUGAUCAACCCAUGCAAGUUCAAAGAACCGCCUUUGAACAAAAAUGCCAGAGCUUCAUUACAGAAGGGCGGGUUAUGGGGAAUGGACUUUUAUGACAUGGUUCCUAUGAGGUAUGGUCUUAUAUCUAUAACAUAAUUUUUUAAAAUUUUUUAAAAAAAUUUUUUUAAAUUUUUUAAAAAUUAAAAAAAUGACCACACCCACCCCAAAAUACCCUUACAGAUUCCUAAUCUUCGACAAAAACACAAAACAAUGGAUCACACAGAAGCCGUUCGAAGUAUUCCCAUCAAUGUUCGUCACCCAUCAACUCAACGCUUAUGAAGAUACGAAUGGAAACUUGAUCGCAGACAUGGUAGUAUACGACAGUCAUGACCCAUAUGUAAAAUAUUUUUACACUGAUUUUUUGACAUCUCAAAUCUACCCCAGUACGGCCAGAGUAUUGCGAUUUAUUAUCGAUAUUCAAGCGAAUCGUGUUAUGUACAGCUAUCUUAUCCCACAGGUAGGUCGGGUUUAAUCUGACAUUUUCUGUUGUAGGGCUAUGUUAAACUAGGGUAACUUGGUGUCAAAAUGAAGCCAAGAUAAUGAGAAAACAUAAUUGGCAAAAAAAUAAAAAGUUUUCGUUUUUGAACAUGUUAUACAAUGAAAAGUUUCCCAAAAAGUUGAAAAUAGUUUAUUUUUUCGAAAGGUUAGGUUUGAAUUGCCAUUUUUAAAUGAAGAUUAAUAUUAAACUAUAAGUGUUUAGUCUCAAAUUGAAGCUAAAAGAAUGAAAAAACAUAAUCAAUUCUAAAAAAUAAAAAUUUUUUGAUUAGACAUGUUAUACGAUGAAAAGUUUUUUGAAAAAGUCAAAAAUAUCAUUUUUUUAGACUAGAUUGAGUUUGAAUUGCCAAUUUUUAAUGAAGAUAAAUAUUAAAUUAUAAGAGUUUUGUCUAAAAUUAAAGCUAAGAUAAUGAAAAGACAUAACCAAUUUUAAAAAUUUUAAAUUUUAUUAUUUCGACAAGUUAUACGAUGAAAAGUAUCCAACAAAACCCAAAAUAACUCAAUUUCAGGAGACGAUAGCAGCUGAUUUCUCUCAAAUCAAUCACAACUUUGAUGAAAAACCCUAUAAAUGGGCAUAUCUUGUUGAACAUCCAUUUGCAUCCGACAACACUAUCAUCAAAGUUAAUGUAGAUGACCCAAGUGGAGUGAAUAACAAACAGUUCAAAACUGACCCGACGUUGGUGCUACAUGAACCAUGGUUUGUACCUCGGCCGGAUUCUCGGAAGGAGGACGAUGGGGUGCUGAUAAUCAAAGCGCUGGAUACUGCGGAGAAUAAAGGUGGGGUUACUGUAAUUUAUGUUGGAAAAGUAGGGUGGGGUAAGUUGAGGUAGGGUAUGGUGGUGUAAAGUAAGGCAUGUUAUAGUACGGUACUCGAAUUUUUUAAGCAAAUUGUACCAUUGGUACCACUAGUUCCACAUUAAAAGCAAUGUGUACCAGUAGCACCACUAGUACCACAAAAAACUCUAGUGUACCAACUAGUUCCACAUUAAAAGCAAUGUGUACCAGUAGCACCACUAGUACCACAAAAAAAACUCUAGUGUACCAACAGUACCAUUAACUACUUAAAACCAUUAAAUCAUUAAUAGUACCACUAAAUCCCCAAUAAAUUCCAGGAGUACUACUAAUAGUGGAUGCCCUAACUAUGACCGAAAUUGGCCGUGCAUAUGUACCAAUAUCGGUACCAUUUGGCUUUCACAACCGGUUCUUCUCAAAGAAAGAACUUGGAAUGCCUGAGGGCUUAUCAGGAAUCUACGGAGCUAGUGAAAUUAAAAACAAAUUUUAUAAAACUACCACGCCCAUGCCUACCACUGAAAAUGGAUUUUGGUCUCGACUGGUCGCUAGUACUAGAGGUAGGGUAAAAAUUCUGUAUAUUAUGCAAAUUUUUUAAAAUGUUACUUAAAAAUUAAAAAAACUGAAAUUUUGAUUUUUUGUUUCCUAAAAUAUCAAAAAAUGUCAUAUUCCUAAAAAUUUGUCACCUAAAUUUCUAAUAUUCACAUUCCAGCCCCAACAUCACCUCCAAAAUGGGUACCAAUCUCAGCCAAACCGGUCGAAAGGCCUCGACCAGAAGAACCAUACCCUCCAUACCCGCUACCAAUCACAAACGUCGUACUGCCAGCAGUACGAUCUCGACCAGAAACACCUCAGCCGGUCGACAAGAUUCGACUUGUCACUAUGCGACCACCUAGUACGAUUAGUACUAGACCUUUGCCUUUUGUACCACCAUCAAAGACUUCGUCGCCAGUACGACAGCUUUAUGAACAUACGUUGAAGGCGUUCUGUCAUUGGUUGAGUAAAAUCUUCAAAACGGUCGUUUUUGAUCAUUGUGUCGAGGGUGGCAACAAGGCGAUACGGUAAGAAUAUGGUUGGGUUUUAAGGCUUAUACGUACUAUAUAGUACUACAGUUGAGUUAAAAUUACUGUAGGAUAGAGUUGAGUAUCAUAUUAUAAGAGGUAUGGUAGGGUAGUACAAUAGGAUAGGGUAGGAUAGAGUACGGUGGGAUACAGUAAGAUGAAGUAGGGUAGGGUAGGGUAGGGUAGGGUAGGGUAGGGUUGGGUAGAGUAGGGUAACUUUAAAAAUGAUGACUUACUGUAGCAUAUGUACAUACAGUACUCAUUUUCAGUGGUUACCUAGACGUGUACAAACAGAGAAAGACGGCUUGA